GGGGCGCGGGGUCCGGGUGUCCCCGCUCCCCGCGCUCGCUCCCUUUCUCGCCGUCGCGCGCCCGCCGCCCCCGCCUGCAGCCCGUCGCUCGCGUCGGCGCCCGCCCCCUCCUCGCUCCCGCUGGCGGCGGGGGCUGCGCGGCCUCCCGGGCCUGGAGAGCCUGCCCAGUCAGCUGAGCCCUGCGGACGGCCGCCUCCCUCGCCGCCGGGACCCGCACUGUGCGCGGAAUGGCAGCCGCGGUAGCAUCUCCGCCGGAGGCGGUGGCGGCGGCAGCCCCGGCCGCCGCGGACGCUUUUGUUCCCGGCUGUUAAAUGCGCUCUCUCUCCUGUUCACCCGAACUGAACAAUAGCGGGAAGAGCUUUGCCUUCUGUACUCCUCGGCAAGACGUUCGGAGGGCGAAGCCAAACUCGCUGCCUACUGCGCUCGGUCCGGACCCCGGAGCGGCCGCGCGCCAUGGGGCUGCCGGCGAGGCGCGGCGCGUCCGGGCGCCCGGGAGCCGCGGGCCCGCGCCGGGGGGUUCGGGUGCUGCCCCCGCCGCUGCUCCUGCUCGUGCUGCUGCGCCCGGGCGCCGACGGGGCCGCGGCUCGCGGCGAGGCUCGGGGCGACACCGUCUAUCUGUGGAAGACUGGUCCAUGGGGCCGAUGCAUGGGAGACGAAUGUGGUCCAGGAGGCAUUCAAACCCGGGCUGUGUGGUGUGCUCAUGUGGAAGGAUGGACAACAUUACAUACAAACUGCAAGCAGGCCGAGAGACCCAGUAACCAGCAGAAUUGUUUCAAAGUUUGUGACUGGCACAAAGAGUUGUAUGACUGGAGGCUGGGACCCUGGAACCAAUGUCAGCCUGUAAUUUCAAAAAGCCUGGAGAAACCUCCUGAGUGUGUUAAGGGGGAAGAAGGCAUUCAAGUGAGAGAGAUAACAUGCAUCCAGAAAGAGAAAGACAUUCCUGCAGAGGAUAUCAUCUGUGAGUACUUCGAGCCUAAGCCUCUCCUGGAACAGGCCUGCCUCAUCCCUUGCCAGCAAGAUUGCAUCGUGUCUGAGUUUUCUGCCUGGUCAGAAUGUUCAAAGACAUGUGGCAGUGGGCUCCAGCACCGGACGCGUCAUGUGGUGGCACCCCCCCAGUUCGGAGGCUCUGGCUGCCCCAACCUGACGGAGUUUCAGGUGUGCCAGUCCAGUCCAUGUGCAACGGAAGAGAGCAUGUACAGCUUGCAAGUGGGUCCCUGGAGCACGUGCUCAGUGCCCCACUCAAGACAAGUAAGACAGGCAAGGAGACGAGGGAAGAAUAAAGAACGGGAAAAGGACCGAGGUAAAGGAGUGAAGGACCCCGAGGCCCGGGAACUUAUUAAGAAAAAGAGAACUAGAAACAGACAGAACCGACAGGAGAACAAAUAUUGGGACAUCCAGAUUGGGUAUCAGACUAGAGAAGUUAUGUGUACUAACAAGACGGGGAAAGCUGCUGAUUUGAGCUUUUGCCAGCAAGAGAAGCUGCCAAUGACCUUCCAGUCCUGUGUGAUCACCAAAGAGUGCCAGGUGUCCGAGUGGUCAGAAUGGAGCCCCUGCUCAAAAACGUGUCAUGAUAUGGUGUCGCCCAAAGGCACCCGUGUAAGGACACGGAUCAUCAGGCAGUUUCCUAUUGGCAGCGAGAGAGAGUGUCCAGAACUUAAAGAAAAAGAACCCUGUGUGUCUCAAGGAGAUGCAGUUGUCCCCUGUGCCACGUAUGGCUGGAGAACUACAGAGUGGACGGAGUGCCGCGUGGACCCUCUGCUCAGUCAGCAGGACAAGAGGCGGGGCAACCAGACAGCGCUGUGCGGGGGCGGCGUCCAGACCCGGGAGGUGUACUGCGUGCAGGCCAACGAGAACCUUCUCUCGCACUUAAACACGCACAAGGACAGAGAAGAAAGUAAAUACCAGAGUACUUCGAAGGCUAGCGCUGCACCUUUCCUAUCCAUCACUUUUGAAAUAACAGCUUCAAAACCAGUGGAUUUGAAAUCAUGCACUGGUCCUGCCCCUAACACUACACAGCUGUGCCACAUUCCCUGUCCUGUUGAAUGCGAGGUUUCAACCUGGUCGGCUUGGGGACCUUGUACUUAUGAAAACUGUAAUGACCAGCAAGGCAAAAAAGGCUUCAAACUGAGGAAGCGGCAUAUUACCAAUGAGCCCACUGGAGGCUCUGGGGCAACUGGGAGCUGCCCUCACUUACUGGAAGCCAUUCCCUGCGAUGAGCCAUCCUGCUACGACUGGAAAGCAGUGGGGCUCGGAGACUGUGAACCAGAUAAUGGAAAGGAGUGCGGUCCAGGCACACAAGUUCAAGAGGUCGUGUGCAUCAACAGUGAUGGAGAAGAAGUUGACAGACAGCUAUGCAGAGACGCCAUCCUUCCUAUCCCGGUUGCCUGUUGUGCCCCAUGCCCAAAGGACUGUGUGCUCAGCAUGUGGUCAGCGUGGUCCUCCUGCUCACACACCUGCUCAGGGAAAACUACAGAAGGGAAACAGAUCCGAGCUCGGUCCAUUCUGGCUUAUGCUGGUGAAGAAGGUGGAACUCACUGUCCGAACACCAGUGCUUUGCAGGAGGCGCGCAGCUGUAAUGAGCAUCCCUGUACUGUGUACCACUGGCAAACUGGCCCCUGGGGCCAGUGCAUUGAGGACACCUCCGUGUCAGCCUUCAACACAACUACAGCCUGGAGUAGGGAGGCUUCUUGCUCUGUCGGCAUGCAGACGAGAAAAGUCAUCUGCGUACGAGUCAAUGUGGGCCAAGUGGGACCCAAAAAGUGUCCUGAAAGCCUUCGGCCUGAAACUGUGAGGCCCUGUCUGCUUCCUUGUAGGAAGGACUGUAUUGUGAGUCCCUACAGUGACUGGACAUCAUGCCCCUCCUCGUGUAAAGCAGGGGACCCCGGAGUUAUGAAGCAGACUCGGCACCGGGUCAUUAUUCAGCUGCCAGCCAAUGGCGGCAGGGACUGUGCGGAUCCUCUCUAUGAAGAGAAGGCCUGCGAGGCCCCUCCAGUGUGCCAAAGCUACAGGUGGAAGACUCACAAAUGGCGCAGGUGCCAGUUAGUCCCCUGGAGCGUGCAGCAGGACAGCCCUGGAGCUCAGGAAGGCUGUGGGCCUGGACGACAGGCAAGAGCUAUUACUUGUCGAAAGCAAGAUGGGGGACAAGCUGGCAUCCAUGAUUGCCUCCAGCAUGCAGGCCCUGUGCCAGCCCUCACCCAAGCGUGCCAGAUCCCCUGCCAGGAUGACUGUCAGUUUACCAGCUGGUCCAAGUUUUCUUCAUGCAAUGGAGACUGUGGUGCAAUUAGGACCAGAAAGCGUACUAUUGUUGGAAAAAGUAAAAAGAAGGAAAAAUGUAAAAAUUCUCAUUUAUACCCCCUGAUUGAGACUCAGUAUUGCCCUUGUGACAAGUAUAGUGCACAGCCUGUGGGGAACUGGUCAGACUGCAUUUUACCAGAGGGGAAAGUGGAAGUGAUGCUGGGGAUGAAAGUACAAGGAGACAUCAAGGAAUGUGGUCAAGGAUAUCGGUACCAAGCAAUGGCGUGCUAUGAUCAGAACGGCAGGCUCGUGGAAACGUCCAGAUGUAACAGCCAUGGUUAUAUUGAAGAGGCCUGCAUCAUCCCCUGUCCAUCAGACUGCAAGCUCAGCGAGUGGUCCAACUGGUCACGCUGCAGUAAGUCCUGUGGGAGUGGCGUAAAGGUUCGGUCAAAAUGGCUGCGUGAAAAACCAUAUAAUGGAGGAAGGCCUUGCCCCAAACUGGACCAUGUCAACCAGGUGUAUGAGGUGGUCCCCUGCCACAGUGACUGCAGCCAGUACAUAUGGGUCACAGAGCCGUGGAGCAUUUGCAAGGUGACCUUUGUGAACAUGCGGGACAACUGUGGAGAGGGUGUGCAAACGCGAAAAGUGAGGUGCAUGCAGAACACAGCAGAUGGUCCUUCUGACCAUGUAGAUGAUUACCUCUGUGACCCAGAAGAGAUGCCUCUGGGCUCUAGAGAGUGCAAAUUACCAUGUCCCGAGGAUUGUGUGACAUCCGAGUGGGGUCCAUGGACCCGAUGCACUUUGCCUUGCAAUCAAAGCGGUUUCCGGCAAAGGUCAGCUGAUCCCAUCAGACAACCCACUGAGGAAGGAAGAGCCUGCCCUGAUGCUGCUGAGAAGGAACCCUGUAACCUGAACAAAAACUGCUUCCACUAUGAUUAUAACGUAACAGACUGGAGUACAUGUCAGCUGAGUGAGAAGGCAGUUUGUGGAAAUGGUGUUAAAACAAGGAUGUUGGAUUGUGUUCGAAGUGACGGCAAGUCAGCUGACCUGAAAUACUGUGAAGAGCUUGGCCUGGAGAAGAACUGGCAGAUGAACACCUCCUGCGUGGUGGAGUGCCCUGUGAACUGCCAGCUUUCUGACUGGUCUCCUUGGUCAGAAUGUUCUCAAACAUGCGGCCUCACAGGAAAAAUGAUCCGAAGACGAACAGUGACUCAGCCCUCUCAGGGCGAUGGAAGACCAUGCCCUGCCCUCACACAUCAGUCCAAGCCCUGCCCAGUGAAGCCCUGUUACCAGUGGCAGUAUGGCCCAUGGUCUCCAUGCCAUGUGCAGGAUGCCCAGUGUGGUGAAGGGACCAGAACAAGGAACAUUUCUUGUGUAGUGAGUGAUGGGUCAGCUGAUGAUCUCAGCAAAGUGGUGGAUGAAGAAUUCUGUACUGACGUUGAACCCAUUAUAGAUGGCAAUAAAAAAAUAGUCCUUGAAGAAACUUGCACCCAGCCUUGCCCAGGUGACUGUUACUUGAAGGAUUGGUCUUCGUGGAGCCUGUGUCAGCUGACCUGCGUGAAUGGCGAGGACCUAGGCUUUGGUGGAAUACAGGUCCGUUCCAGAGCUGUGAUUAUACAAGAACUAGAAAAUCAACAUCUGUGCCCAGAGCAGUUGUUAGAAACAAAAUUUUGUGAUGAUGGACAGUGUUAUGAGUAUAAAUGGAUGGCUAGUGCUUGGAAAGGCUCUUCCAGAACAGUCUGGUGUCAAAGGUCAGAUGGUGUAAAUGUAACAGGGGGCUGCCUGGUGGUGCACCAGCCUGAUGCUGACAGGUCCUGUAACCCACCGUGUAGCCAACCCCACUCGUACUGUAGUGAGGCAAGGACGUGCAGUUGUGAGGAAGGGUACACUGAAGUCAUGUCUUCUAAUGGUACACUUGAGCAAUGCACCCUUAUCCCCGUGGUGGUGAUGCCCACCGUAGAGGACAAAAGAGGAGAUGUGAAAACCAGUCGGGCUGUACACCCAACCCAGCCCUCCGGUAACCCAGCAGGACGGGGAAGGACCUGGUUUCUACAGCCAUUUGGGCCAGAUGGGAGACUAAAGACCUGGGUUUACGGUGUAGCAGCCGGGGCAUUUGUGUUACUCAUCUUUAUUGUCUCCAUGAUUUACCUAGCUUGCAAAAAGCCAAAGAAACCCCAAAGAAGGCAAAACAACCGACUGAAACCUUUAACCUUAGCCUAUGAUGGAGAUGCAGACAUGUAAAAUACAAUUUAUCCUGGGAACAACCAGUUUCAGCUUUCUGACUUUGUAGUAGACACCCAGAGGCCACAAAGCUAUUCAAACUGUGUGAAUUAAAAAUGCAUUGUAACAUUCUAAAAAAGCAUCAUAAAGAAAAGAGUGAACUAACAGUACCAUUGGAGAUAUCAAGAAAGUACCGCUUACACAGAAGCCAUCAAGCCCUGAGAAUUCUAGGAAAUUUAGGUGAAUACAUGCUGCAUUCUAAGAGUUUUUUGUGAUCUUUUCUGAAAUCUACCAACUGACAAUUCACUUUCAUCUCGAAAAUAUGGUUGUGGAAUUGACCAGUUAGGAUGACUGACGCAAGCCUCUGUCUGCAGUGUUAACCCAUAGUAACAUUUUAGCAUGAAUCUCUGCAGUACCAAGAUCUCUACAGUACUUACCAAGAUCUCUACAGUACUAUAGUCAAGCAUAACAACACGCAUACUCAGCUGAAUGACACACAUUAUUGUCAGAUUAUAUACUUGUUAAUAAGCAAUUUUAAUGGUAAAUAAGAGAAAAACUUUAAGCAGAAAACCCAUUGAAUAAAUUCAGCAUCUUGGUGGUUGAUGGUAGCUUUGAUUAACCUGCAUUUCAGAGGCAAAGACUCUUUUGUAACACUUCAUUCCUGUCUGUCUCCAAAAUACGAAUGCUGGACAGGUACUAGGAUCUUAGAAGAAAGAGUCCUCAAGUUUGGUAUUUUAUAGUGGUUAUUGUCUGGAAAACUAAUUUGCUUGUGUUAAUACAUUUCUACUUUCCCUAAUUUUCAAACUGGUUGCCUGCAUCUCUUUUGCUAUAUGGAAGGCACAAUUUUGCACUAUAUUAGUGCAGCAUGAUAGGCACUUAACCAGUAUUGCCAUAGAAAUUGCCUCUUUUAGUGUGGGAUGAAGACAUCUGUGCCAUGGCUGGAGACAUUUGCAAGUUCUUGUGUCCUGAAGAGAGUAAAGGACAGUUUGGAUGGCAACAGGAUGGAAUUAGCUAUUACAUCUGCUGUAUACACUCCUGCUCAUCACUGCAGCCAUUGUGAAAUCGACAACAUGGCGGUAAUUUAGUGUUCAAGUCCUGAACUCAUUAGCCCUCCAAAAGAUAGAUCCCUCCAGUUGGUUUUUAAUUGUAUUUUGAAGGCUGUUUAUGACUAGAUUUUUAUAUUCCUUAUCUUUGUUAAAAAAAGAAAAGAAAAGAAAAAAAGGAGCUGGUUGUCUUUUUAAUUUUGAGCAGACUGAGAAAAUAAUGUAUUGGUGAUUCUGUAACUAAAGAAAUCAAAAUUGCGUAUUGAUUUUACUUUCUCCCUGACUUGUUUUUCUAGUUUCAAAUUGAAUGUAUGUCAAAAUCCAUAGCUCUCUCUUUCUCACUAGUAAAAUUUGAAGCAGUCUUUUAAAUAUAUGAUUUCAAAAACUAAAAUUUAGAAAGAGGAGAAUAAAUAUUUUGUCCAGGGCUUCAUUAAAUAUCCAGACCAAGGGUGGAAAACCUUUUCUGUAAAAGGUUAGAUAGUAAAUAUUUCCAUCCAGGUCUAGGUUGCAAAUUCUAAAUUCUGCCAUUGUGAGAACACAGCCAUAGACAAUACACAGUACAUAUAACAAUGAGCAUGGCUGUUUUCCAGUAAACCUUUCUUUACAAAAACAGUCAGCAGCCCAUAUUUCAGGUCAUGGUUUGCAGACCACUGGUCUAGAAGUUUUUUUCAGUGCUAACUGUCCAUUGGGUCGUCUUUAGUUUUCAUUCACUUACCAUUAGACUGCAAUCAAUGAUUAAUUUCAAAGGUGAUAAACAGGUAUUAAAUUUACCACUACACUGAAAGUAGCUAUAUUUUUUCAUAGAGGUAGCCCUGGGAAGGCACAGUGAAAUUAUAUCUAACUUACUACAUAUGAAAACAAAAUUUGAAAGGUGCCAUUAAAAACCGAUUCCAUUUUUCAGGCAACAUUUACGGCAACAAUCUUUGGGAGAGGCUAGGACAUUAGGUUUUCAGGUUUUUUAAAAAUAGUGUAACAAGCUAUUUUAUCUUAAACAUAGCCGUGCUGCUUAUGAAAGUGGUUUUUGGACAAGAAGGUAUUUUACUUUCAUUCUAGAGUUUGGACUCCCCCUGCUGUUCAUUAGAGUGUUUGCAAGUAUUACAAAAGAGCAGGUUAGGAUGUUAUGGUCCCCAAAAUGAAUAGAUUUCUACACAUUGCAAGGAGAAUUAAAUGUAGUGAGCAUUAAUUCCUUAUUUCAUACUCACAGUAUUAGGCAAUGUAAAUAAUUUCAAAUCAAACAGGUGCUCAGGAAAAUGAGGAUUUUACUUUAAACCAAGGAUUUGAAAAAGGAAAAGCAUAAAAACAAAUUCCAUUUCAACUGUCUUAUUGAAGAGGAAGACAAAAAUAAUACUGUUACUCUAAAACUGUGAUUGUCGAUAUAUAGACUCAGGGGUCCUCCAGAUAGUCUUCAAAUUGAUCUCUUUGAAUAAAAGGGACUCUAUUUGUCCAAAAUAGUUGAUAAAGAAUCUGUUUCAGUUACUUGAAGAAUUCAGCUAACAGCUUUAUGAAAUGUGUGCGACACCUAAUGAGUUUGAAAUGACUGAAUAGAAUAUUGUUGCUACUAAUGUAAAAUGUCAUUAAUUCAUAAGUCAGAUCACUAUUAUCCUACCUAUAUUGUAAGAUUUAAAUGAAUUAAUUGAUCAACAUUAUAAAAUGUUGUGAAGAUACAAGGUUUUUUUAUUCAUAAAUUGAUUACAGUUUACAACACCACAUAUAUGCAGGAGACUAGGUUCAGUGUGACCUAGCACUUGCCCACACAUUGAAUGUUCACUGUUAGGAUAAGUAAACAGUGGAUGGCCUCUUGUUAGACAGGCAAAAGGAAGGGAAUGUAGCUAAGCUGGUUACUUUGGACAAAUGAAGGUUACCAGUAUUCAUGUUUAUAACAUGAAAAUAGCCUUAUUCUUGUUUCUAGCAUGAGUCAAUAAUGAGUUAAAUACUUUACUGGAAUUUCAUUAAAACCUUAUUCCUCUUGUUCAUUCAAACAGUUCAGGAGGGGAAUAUAGUAACAGCUGUCUAUUGACACUUUUGCCUUACCAAAACAGUCUGUGAGCCCAAAAAAGAUUUAGAACUACUCUUCUAUAAAUAUGAUGGUCUGGUUCAUUAAAAAAAGAAGGAAAAUAUUGACAUACUAUUAUACUAUUUUAUUGGACUGGUCAGUAUAAAACACAAAGAAGUGGUGUAACUGACCACUCUUCCUCAUUCAUUAGUACUUUAGGAUAUUGGCCAUAAUCCUUAUUUCAAAGCUUUUUUUGAGGUCAUUACAUUGUAGCUUAAAGCUAAUUUGAAAAGGGGUGCAAAAAAGCAUGUCCUUAAUUACUUAUAACAAAGCACAAAUUACAAAGACAAAUAUUUACUGAAUUAUCACAUGUAAGAUAUUCUGCCAGGUGCUGUAAAAAGCUAAUAAUGGCUUUUGUAUACAUGUGUACCUAAGACAUUCAAAAGAAGGAAAAAAUGUUUAACAAGUAAAAAUAACACCUAAACAAAUCAUCCUUUCCUCUGGAUUUGUUUUUCAAUCCUUAUGUAAUGCCCAUGUCUCAGGCCAUGCUGUUAGAGUUUUGCUACUGUAUCCCUCCUCAAUCCUCAGAUAGGUGGCAGUGGCACUGUGGCUUAAUCAGAGCAUUCCAAAGUCCCUGGACAUUUCAAGAAAAAGCCACUUACAUAAAACUUUGUACAGGAAGCAAGUAACACCUCUCACAGUGUUUUUGUUUUUUCUUUAGACCCCCUCAAAUGCCCCAUAUCCUUGCUCCAUUGUGAUGAGUUGCUCUGUCUGGUCUUUCCCUACUUUGCUCUCAUCAACAACCUAUCUUGUCUACUUCCUUUAAAACCACCUUCUCCUAAACAUGCUCAAAUUCUUAAUAAGAAGUAAAGAGGUGAAUUUCCUUCCUAUUGGAGUCAAAGUGUCACCCAGACGGUGAACAUCUUGGUUUAAACAGAAUGUACACAUCAAAGACAUCAGGAAAGAGAUAAGGAAAGAUGUGGAAGACAUGUCAAAACAAGACCUUUUCCUAUAAACAUGUCAGUUCCUACCCUGGAUUUAAUGCUACCCCAGUACCCCGCCACCUCCAUCAUGCCUUUUUGUUCAUGUCCCACCCUACCAGACAGUGAGGGAAGCCUGUGCCUUUCCAUGCUUAUAGAAAGGAGAGCCCAUUCUUAGGCUGAUUUGGGGUCAAAAAAGAUUUGCAAGAAUCAUGCUUCCCUAGUGAUCUGGGACUCACUGUUUGUAAAAAUAGUCCCAAAUUCAAAGGGAAUAUUGUUCUAUUUCCCCACUGAGGAUGUUUACAGUAGAGCAGUCCAUGACCCAGUCUGGGAGGAAACUCGUCAGAGAGCCGGCUCCCCUGGGUCUGGUGUAGGUGUGAGAAUGAACACCCCUGCCUGUCCCCUGGCUCCGAGGCUUGGGUGGCUGUGAACAGGAUUUCAGGUGAAUGAAACUGGUGUUUUGGCCUAGCAAACCUUAUUCUUUAUGAAAAGGAAGUUUCACAGUAUGAUGUGGUAAUUCUGUACCUAGCAGGGUCACUGAAAAAUGGUUACGUCUACUUUAUUAAAAGAGUAAAACAAAUGUUUAAUGGUUAGAGUUAAUUUUGUAGUUUUAUGUUUUGUGUUCCUAUCAAGCCAGAUCUUAAAAUGGGCAGUAUAUGAAGGCUUUUAGUUUGUGGAGUUAUGUUUUCAGCUAUCAAAAAUCUCUAGAUAUCAGUCUUAUCAUUGUGUUUUGUAGAUGGUCUUCUUUUUUGUUUUUAAAGCAAUAGUUUCUAGAUCACCUAUUCUAACCCCUCAGUGAACUUUGCCAACUAUUUUUCAGGAAUCUAUUUGUGUUUAUUUUUUUAAAGUAAACAUCAAGAUGCCCUUUCUGGUACUUUUUCCUGCCUAUUUCUAGCACAUAUUUGAAGAGAUCAGUAACUGUCAUAAAAUAUAACUUUAUUAAAUUUGCAGUGUCUUUCUAUAAAUUAUAAUCCCCUACAUGUGUUUUUUGGUUAAUUUAACUACCUGAAUAUUUAUUUUGUUUAAAUAAGGAGGCAGCUGUCUAAGAAGUUUUUGUUAAAUUACUUCGUAAAUUGUGUAAUUUAUUUUAAAUCAUGUACAUUUCUUUUUUAACGCACAAAAUGUCUAUGUACAAUUAAUCACAGAUUUGCAAAUAAUGUCACUAAGCUUUAUCCAGUUAAUACAGAUGGCAUGUGAAGAUGUAAUAUGCUUUUUUUACAUUUUCAUAUGGGUUAUUUGUAAAUAACUAUGUUGCUGACAAACAUAAACAUGGAAAUCAUUUUCAUUAUA